AAAAUAGUGACGUUUCGUUGGUACGAGCUGUCAGCUGUAGCGUGCCUUGGCCUGCGUACAUGAGCAUGGCUGAUGCUAAGCUCCCCCAGAAACGGUACUAUCGUCAAAGAGCUCACUCUAACCCCAUAGCCGACCACUGUUUUAUAUAUCCACCGUGCCCAGAUGACAUGGACUGGGGGGAGUACUUUCCGCAGCCGGACAAGCAGGUGGAGUUUGCAGACAUUGGGUGUGGAUAUGGUGGCCUUCUUGUUGCCCUGUCGCCAAUGUUUCCUGACACGCACAUGGUGGGCAUGGAGAUAAGGGUGAAGGUGUCUGACUAUGUGCAGGACAGAAUAAAGGCCUUGAGAGCUCAGCACCCGGGACAGUACAAAAAUGUGGCCUGCAUCCGCACCAAUGCCAUGAAACACCUUCCAAACUUCUUCAGGAAAGGACAACUCACAAAGAUGUUCUUCCUGUUUCCCGACCCGCACUUCAAGAAGCAGAAACACAAGUGGAGGAUCAUCAGCAGGCAGCUGCUGGCUGAAUACGCCUACGUGCUCAGGGUUCAGGGCCUGCUGUACACAAUAACAGACGUCAAGGAGCUUCACGACUGGAUGGUUUCUCACCUAGCAGAGCAUCCGCUAUUUGAACGAGUGUCUGAAGAGGAUUUGAAGACUGAUGUUGUCGUCGAAAAGCUUUAUGAAAGCACUGAAGAAGGCAAAAAAGUAACAAGGAACUCUGGAGAAAAGUUUCUGGCUGUCUUCAGGAGGAUCGAAGAUCCCUAUGUCGGAAGCUGUGGGAAAAUUGACUGCCACCAGGUUGAGUUACCGACCAUCAAGAUGGAAGAGGACGGUGAAUAGGCUUUAACCAGCGGUGUGACAUCUGAAUGGCGUGUACAUUUAAUAGUGCAACAUCUGUUAUUAAAUACGGUGCUCCAGCUUCA